CGAACGAACCAUUGUUAUUGAAUAUUCCUUUUGGAAAGUCAAAGUAAAGUUUUAAAGAUAGAAAAUGGCAGAGUCGAGAGGAAUUGCUCCGUUGGACGUAACAUGUGGCAAUGUAGCGGAUAAAUGGAAAUUUUGGAUUCAAAAAUUCAACAAUUACUUGAAAGCUAAUGAAAUCGACAAGAAAGAAGAAGAUGUACAAUGUGCACAGUUUUUACAGUAUAUUGGUGAUGAGGGCAUUCGUAUAUUCAAUACAUUCAAAUUUAAAAAAGAAGAACAGAACAGGAUUAAGCCCUUGAUACGCGAAUUUGACAAUUUCUUUCAACCACAAACGAAUCUAGUGUAUGAAAGACAUAAGUUUUUCACAAGGAGGCAGAUGGAAGGUGAAAGUUUACAACAGUUCAUAACAGACUUGAAAAACAAAGCGAAAAGUUGUGCUUUCAGUGAUUUGGAAGAGUCACUGGUUUGCAGUAUGCUUAUCAUUGGCCUCUUAAGUGAUCAACUAAGAGAAAGAUUAUUGGAAAAUAGUGAUAUGACUU